AAGAGCGUUUGUUAUAGAGAAAAAAUAAUACGGGGAUGAAUUUUCAUUCCAACAAGAGUCCGGUGAAACGACCGCUUCGCUUUCAAUAUGGAUGACUCGUGGAAUUCUGCGAUUCGCAACGCUUCUCUGUACAGUAGGAGACAAGAGAACGAACAGACUGUAUGCAAUUGUUAAAAUCAUUUAUUGUAUAGAUAAAUAGAGAUUUUAGUAGUGUAUUAGAGUGGGUAAACGGUAGUUCUAAAGGAGAAAUAUCAUAAAGUGUAGUAUGUCUUCAGGUGAUGAUGGAUUACACGUGAUAAUUGAAUUCGGAGGGGGUGCUGAGUUGUUGUUCGAUAAACAGAAGAGGCACGUGGUGAAUUUACCUGCUGAUCGAGAAUGGACGUUGAAGUUGCUCCUCUUCUGGAUCAGGGAUAAUCUCCUGAAGGAACGGCCAGAACUCUUUUUACAAGGGGACACGGUACGGCCCGGUAUUCUAGUGCUGGUAAACGACGCUGACUGGGAACUGCUGGGACAAGGCGAGUACAGGCUGCAAAAAGGGGACACGAUUCUUUUCAUCUCUACUCUGCAUGGAGGUUAAUUGAAUUGGAAUCCGCGCCAGGAUGAAGAUCAUGUAAGGAAGGACACACGUCGACCUUUUUGGGAUAUGCGAAAAUAAGCAUAAUGGAUAUUUGGUGAGAGAAUAAAAUGUUCACCCGUACGACGUACGUCUGGGAUAAGUUCUAUGUAAUGGCUAUAAUAUAACGGGUGACACUUUGGCCA